GAUACUUUCUGUUAAAAACAAUAUCAAAAUGGCACCAGUACCUUUAGAGGGUCAUCAAACUCCUGUCACAAAUAACAUACCGCAAGAAGGCAAUCGUGGUGGAUCAAUAUCCUUAGGAAUGCUUAUAGAUUUUAUUAUACAACGAACAUAUCAUGAGCUCACUGUUCUUGCUGAAUUGCUCCCUCGUAAAACGGAUAUGGAACGCAAAAUUGAAAUUUAUAAUUUUUCUGCUCGAACAAGGCAAUUGUAUGUCCGUUUAUUGGCACUAGUAAAAUGGGCGAAUAGUGCAUCUAAAGUGGAUAAAUCUACACACAUAAUGGCGUUUUUAGAUAAGCAAUCAUUGCUUUUUGUUGAUACCGCGGAUAUGCUGGCAAGGAUGGCUCGUGAUACUUUGGUACACGCUAGACUUCCAAAUUUCCAUAUUCCUGCAGCUGUAGAAGUACUUACCACUGGAACAUAUGGUAGAUUACCAGCUUGUAUUCGAGAGAGAAUAGUGCCUCCAGAUCCUAUCACUCCUACAGAAAAGAGAAGUACGUUGCAGAGAUUGAAUCAAGUCAUUCAACAUAGAUUAGUCACUGGGAACUUGUUGCCACAGAUGCGUAAUUUGAAGAUUGAGGCAGGAAGAGUGACUUUUCUUAUCGAUCAAGAGUUUUCAGUAUCUCUUACGGUUAUGGGUGAUGGACCAACAGUUCCAUGGAGACUGUUAGAAUUAGAAAUUUUGGUCUCGGAUAGAGAGACUGGAGAUGGAAAAGCAUUGGUACAUCCUUUGCAAACUCGAUAUGUACAUCAAGUUGUUCAAUCGCGAUUGGCUGAAAGUAUUAACCCAUUAUCAGAGGUGUAUCAUAUCCUACAUUACUUUUGUCAAUCAUUACAAUUAGAAGUUUUGUAUUCUCAAACGUUAAGAUUGAUUCGUGACAGAUUGGACGAUCAUAUUCAUGUAGACGAAUACACACCUGGCAAAUGUCUUUCUAUAUCUUAUUGGAGGGAAUUAACGAGAAAGGAUCCACGAUCAGAACUUGGAUAUAGAUUAACCGUUCAAGUAGAUCAACACGAUCCUGCGAGGCCUCUCGCAGUUGUGCACAUUCCAUCAUUAGGCAGUAAGGAAAACGAGAUAGCGCACAGAGCCAUUAGGUCGGAUCAAUUAUCGAUGGAAUGUUUACUCGUGCACACGAUCUAUAUCCGAACCCGAAGUCGCUUGUCCGAAUUGAAACAAGAGCUGCAAACAAUGCUGAAAGACGUUGAGUGUACCUUAGCGGGAUCUCCAGCUAUUUUAUCAGUACCUAUAUUACAACCAUGUUUACGUGCUGAGCUGCUGUUGGUUACAGUUGACACUCAUACUGGUAUGCUACAAUGUCAUGUCCCUCAAUAUGACGCACCACUUGUUCCGGAAUUAACAAUAGCUUUAAAUGGGGAUCAUUCACGUCUUCCGACACUUAUAUCUGAAUUGAGAUUUUGGAUAACACAGAGACGUUGUGAGAAAACAUUGCAACAUCUACCAGCUACCUCGCAUGAACGUUUGCCCGUUUUGCAUCAUCCAGAUCAUCCUAUGUCUAAGAUUAGUCGGCAUCGGAUGUUCGUUCAAUUGCACCGACAUCCUACAGUCAUACUGAUUGUCGCAUUCAAAGAGAAAGAAAGCUCACCAUGUGAAAUAGAGUGCUCUUUCUAUCUUGCUGUAGUGAAGCAUAGUUCCAUCGAAGAUGAUCCACACGAUGAUAGCAUAGAAACGGAAAUACCGAAAAUGUAUUUGAAAGUCCAAAGCCUUAUUGAGUUUGAUACUUUUGUGAUUACUCAUGGUCCAUUUACAAGUGUCGAUAGUGGGAAUAAUGAUCAAGAUGGGGGGUGCAUUACAGAAGUGGUGGAGACGUCUAACAACAAACGUAGAAGCACUGGGGUUGGAGGAAGGACAGACACGGCAGGAACACCACAGAAUAGAAGACCAAAGCAUCCGGCUUAUUUUAUUCCGGAAUUGGCGCACGUUGUCGCUUUAUGCGAUGAACGAAUACCGUUCGUAACUCUGGCUCAAGAACUUACUAGACGGGAGAUAGCCCAUCAGGGACUCCAAGUCGAGGCUAACGCUACGGCAUUGGUACUCAAACUUGUUCAAUUGCCUGCACCAUCACCGAGUAUAGCUACGAGCAGUGCUUGGCACGCUCUUCUCAAAAGACUUUUGAGUGUCUCGAUUAGAGUUCAGGGUAAAGGAAUGGCUAAAACUUGGACGGUGGAAUUUGUAUUUUAUGGUAGUCCUCUCUCUAGUAGUCAUCCCAAAGAACAAGGUUUGCGUAGGCCAGUCUACUUUCAAUAUGAAAUGGGUACAGCCGAUAUCGUCUCUCGCACUGUAGAUGUUUUGCUAAACGAUUGGGCACAGAUAGUGCAUUUGUAUUUGAUAGUUCAUGACUUAGCUGAAUAUUUCAAAAUAGAAAAAUAUAACUUACGCAACAUGGUUAGCAUUAAGUCUUAUAGUUAUAGCAAGCUAGUUCUUGCGUAUGGUCCAAAUCAAGGUGCAACUGUCACUAUACAGUGGAGUACGAACGACAAAGCAUUUAAGAUGGUAUUUGGUAGGAGUCCAACAAAUACGGUGACCAAUGCGCAUUCUCUAAUGAAGGAACAACUAGAAGCUCAUUUGAAUAGAUACACGAAUUUGGCACAAAUUAUUCAUAUACUUAAUGAAACGCUUCAGCCACUCACUUCGAUUAGUAAAUUACCAUCAAUCCCUCAGUUAUGCGUGCAUGCGAGACCACGAGUGCCGGUACAAACGUUUACUAUAAUGCCACAAUGUGUCACUUUAGUAAGGAUAGCGUAUCAAGGAAUGUAUUGUUUGGAAUUGCGUUUGCGCGGCGGUGGUUUGGUGAGCUUACGCGACGGUGCUUAUAGUCGUUUUGACAGAAGUAACGUCGUCGAUGAGUUUACUCCUACGCAGGGUCUAAAAGCAUUUUUGUCAAAAUAUGUCGACGAGAACGCAGUAUAUAGAAGAAGGUCUCAGUCGGAGGAUGAUAAUCCACCGUCGCCUGUUACUAUGGACAGUGAUGGUGCUGGAGGCAAUGUAAGCUUCUUAGGUCAUCAUAGAAGUGGGCCUCAAUCGCCCGCUCAGCAGCGCGAAGGUCUGAGAUUUCAUCCACCGCUCACACCUCCAUCUGGUAGUAAUCCUCACACUCCAGCCAGUCCUCAUACGGCAAAUAUAUCCCAGGCAAAUCAACAUCAAAGUUUCGGGAGCAGUCCUGCAACUUCAUUUAAUUUAGCUUCUCCGCCGUCGUUGCCGCCAAAUACACCUAAUAUGUUACCACAUCCGUCUCCUGGAUCCGGACUCGUUGCAAACAGUCCUUUAAAUCCGAUGCACGUUCCUAGUCCGGCUGGUCUUAUGCCAACAUCAUCGCCUGGUCCUUGCAGUAAUGUUCAAGUAGGGCAUUCUCCUGCUGGUUCAUUUAUGCAAACAGGUCAUAUCGAUGGUAGUCCUUUUCCAGCUUCUCAAAGUAUGGCUUCCCCGGCUGCCUCUAACUGGCCUGGAUCUCCCAGUGUACCGAGACCUUCUCCCGCGAGACCUGGACAAAGCCCGGGUCACGCAGCGCUGCAUAGCCCACAAGCCUCUGAUCAUAAGACCGGUAGUCACAUCUCCAGGGUUUUACCACAGAGGUCCUGGGCAGGUGCCGUGCCAACUCUUCUCACGCACGAGGCUCUAGAAAUGCUUUGCUGCCCAUCGAAUCAUCCGUCUGCCUUACCGGGUCCAGAUAUGUCGCCGCUUGAAAGAUUUCUAGGCUGCGUCUAUAUGCGGAGACAGUUACAACGCUUUAUCCAAACGGAAGAUUGCUUAACUGGUAUCAAUGCAGAGCCCGGUGUGGUACAUUUCAAAUCUGAGAGCUUGCAAUGCAGAGUUGGAUUAAAUCCUACACAUUUUCAAUCUCUUCACAUCAAGGUUCUUUCACUUCCAGAGUAUAAAGAUCAAUGGAGCGUAGAAGAGUUACAGAUUAUCGAGAAGUUCUUCGAUACGCGGGUAGCCGCCCCGCCUUACAAACACAAUACACUGUCCGGUUUCGGUAGAAUGCUUAACGUACGUUUCAAAGUGUUAAAGGAUUUCGUGCAAAUAAUGAAGCUGGAUCUAGUCCCUAGUCUUGUACAGCAGCAGCAGCUGAAGUGGUCCGUGCAGUUGUGUUUGCGUAUUCCACCUUCCGCGGGGCCAAUCGUGCCUCCUGGUACGGAGGGAGUACACGUUUGCAGGAGUAAAAUUCUAUUUUUCUUGCAAAUAACAAGACUAGGUAUAUCAUAUCAAGGAGAGACACCGUCCUUGGUGUUGCCGUUUGUGCAUGAUGUCAAUACGAAUAUAACGCAGCUAGCGGACAGAAGAGAUCUUACUCCACCUCCCACGGCGAUUGCGGCAGCGUCUAUGCAGCUGAAGAGAUUCGCCGAGUACGGCGCGAAUCAGUCAGAGUGCUCGCUGUUCCCCGCUGUACGCGAUCUUUUAGCUAAUUUCACAUUACCGUCUGAACCACCGGUUAUAUCACAGGUUGUGUCGUCCCCGGCGGGAACUCAAGUAGCUUCCGCACAGCAAAUUCAGAACACAGCGAUGCAAAUGCAUUCGCCCAUGGCUGCUGGUCAAGGUCCACCACAGGGACCAGGACCAUAUGGAAUCCAAGGCAUGCAACCAAUGGGCAUGAUGGGCGGCCCGCCUCAAUAGGACUUGCUUUACUCUCCUAAUCCCCUGUGCCUAUCGAGUCAUCCUACGUGGAUGAAUUAAAAAUGUAAACUUUAACUCAAAGAAUUCGCAAGAAAGAGUAAUCCGGCUGCGCUAUUCUAAUAUGAGAAGAUUUACAUUUUAUGGGGCAUCUUAGGAGAGAGAAAACUGUGUCGUGUUUGCUGCGUUUUUAAUUCAACGAAAAUGAAAAAUGGACAGCUGAUAAAAGGAUAUUAUGAAUAUAUAUGUUUCAUGUGUGACAAUCUCGUACGUAAGUUUGGUAUUGUAGAUACACGCUUUAUACUUUAAUAUUACAAUUAGUAAGCU